AAACAAUAAUUACGCAAUUGUAGCCUAUCGCAGUAUCGCUUUUGCAAUCCAACGUCGCUUCCCUAGUCUCUGGAAUUGCUGCCUUCCAAACUGUUGACUGAGGAGCUGGGCAGUGUUGUUCCUUUGAUGGGUCCUUUAACUCUAGCAGUCGACACCACAAGCUCUUCAGUAGCCUCUCCAGAUGGAUCUAGUAGGAAGAUGCAAAAAACACAGCUGGAAGCAAGAAAAAACUUUGCAUCAGUCAAUAUGAGAGAGGAAAAACCUUUUGAUUUCUUCCGGAUCUUAUUUGAGGGAUUCAUAGCAGGAGGCACAGCUGGAGUUGUGGUUGAAACAGCUUUAUAUCCAAUUGAUACGAUAAAGACAAGACUGCAGGCAGCUCAUGGUGGAGGCAAAAUAGUUUUGAAGGGCCUUUAUUCUGGAUUGGCUGGGAAUCUUGCUGGUGUUCUACCGUGAGUACAUUUAAAUUGCAUCAGUUGCACAUUUUGUCUCAGAAUCAUAUUACUAUAGGAGUCUAGGAGGCUUCUCUUCAUGUGUUGCCUCUAAUGAUUCUGGGUAAUUGAGAAUUAGUACAGUUUGCAUUCUUUAUUUGAAAUCAUUUUUUACCUUUCUUUAGUUAUUUCUCUAAUGUUACGUUGUCCAAGUCUAAUCAGGUUCUCUUUUCAACGGGAUUCUGGUUCUAUGCCUUAUACCUUUUAGGUGUUUGUAGUUUCUUAAUGGUUGUAAGCUCCUUCAUUUUUUCUUGUGUUCUUUUUGUGAUUAUGCUUAAAAUGUCUUAUUGAUAUACAUUCUUUUUCUUGGGGAUUCCAAUUCAUUGGCAACAUUUUUUUCAAUCCACAGGGCCUCUGCCUUAUUUGUUGGUGUCUAUGAACCUACAAAACAAAAACUAUUGAAGAUGUUUCCCGAGAACCUUAGUGCUUUCGCUCACUUGACUGCAGGUGCCAUAGGAGGAGUUGCUGCUUCACUAAUUCGUGUUCCAACAGAGGUUGUGAAACAAAGGAUGCAGACUGGCCAGUUCUCCUCCCCUUCUGAUGCUGUGCGCCUUAUUGCAUCAAAGGAGGGAUUUAAGGGUCUUUAUGCAGGUUAUGGAUCCUUUCUACUGCGAGAUUUGCCAUUUGAUGCCAUUCAAUUUUGCAUCUACGAGCAACUCCGGAUUGGUUACAAGGCAGCAGCACGGAGAGAUCUGAAUGAUCCUGAGAAUGCUGUAAUUGGUGCUUUUGCUGGUGCAUUGACUGGAGCUAUAACUACUCCCCUUGAUGUUGUUAAGACAAGAUUAAUGGUUCAGGGAUCGGCUAACCAGUACAAGGGGAUCUUUGACUGUGUUCAAACAAUUGUUAGGGAGGAAGGACCUUCAGCUCUUUUGAAGGGCAUUGGGCCAAGGGUAAUGUGGAUAGGCAUUGGCGGUUCAAUCUUUUUUGGCGUUCUGGAAAGCACAAAGCGGUUACUUGCUGAGAGACGCCCUAAGCCCCUAAAUGGAAAACAUGAUUAGAACAAACUGGGCAUCAUUAGGCUUUUCUUUUUUUUUCUUUUUUUUCCUUGUUUCAUCUAUCUGAAUAAUUUUUCCAUAUGUUUCUACAAUUCCUUUUACAAUCUGUGAAAACUGCAAAGUAAAAUUCGGCAGCUGCUGUCAAUUGAUAUCUUUUUAAAUGGUUCUGUAUCAAAUAUCAAUCCCUCUAGUUCUGAUGAAUGAGGCUUAUAUGAAACUUACUAAAUUGAAUCAUACUUC